UCAUUGUUAUUGGUUUCGUUUCGUGCAAUAAAUUUAGGCUGUUUCUUGAGCACUGCCUCACCCAGCAUAGACGCAGCAACGACAAUUGCGGGCACUUUGAUGCCCGUGAUGAUCAUGUUUGCUGGGAUCUACGCGAAUCUCGACUCUUUGUCUCCUUAUCUGAGCUGGAUUCAGUGGGUGUCUUGGUUCAGGUAUUCGACCGAAGCUCUGAUGGUGACGCAGUUUGAUGGCAUUGAAAACAUCACUUGCACAGCGGAAGUUCAGACCGAGUACUGCAUUAGCACCGGAGCACAAGUACUGGAAAUGUACUCUUUCCACGCGGAUUUUUACGCCUGGGACUUGAUCAUCUUGUUGGCCAUGUAUGUUGUGUUUCAUUUCAUGUCUUACUUGGCAUUGUCUCGUCGAGCCCGGAAAAUCGCGGCUUAAUUGUAGGUCUUUUUUUUUCGCUUACUCGGUUAUAUAGAAUCUCCGUGGGGGGGAAACAAGCCUUGUUUUUGUUUCAUUUUCACACUUCGAAAAGCAGUUUUCUGAACCGAGUCAAGCGCUUUUUUUUUUUUCAGGAAAGAAAAGUCAUCAUUCUUACUGGAAAAAUGGUACAGUUGAACUUCCCUGACUCGAAUUUUUUUGUCAAGUCCUUGUCUGGAUUCCCUUGGAAACAAUGAAUUAAAAACCUCACCAAAACUAUAAGUAUUUUUCUCUCAAACCUCAGUAUAUGAAAUAACUCAGAUGAAAAUGUAAUGAUUUUGCCUUUUCUUGCUUGAAGAUGUGAUAUUUUGUGCAUGAAAGUUAUCUCGAUUUGCAUUUGGUCAAUUUUGGUGUCCUUAUGUUCACAUGUGAUUUCUAAAUAUUAUUGCACCUAAAAAUAGAAUCAAGUUUGUAUACACUUGAACCGUGAUAAUAAGUCCAACCUCCUCAAGUCAAAUAUCUCCCGAAGUUAAUUUUUAUUUGAGUCCCUGUCUGGAUUCCUUUAGAAACAAACAAUGCAUUAAAAACCUGCCUAACUCAAAGUAUUUUUCAAUCACAAGCCUCUGUAAGUCAAAUUUUCUGAGGCCUUUCGGUUAUUAUUUCCUUGAAAUAUGAAAGAGAAAAUCAAUGAAACAAAUGAUUUUAUGCAUCUUGAAAUCAAGUGAAAGACUAAUUGAACAAAUGAACCCCUGCCUCAACCAAGUUCAGCAAGCUGUAAACUCAUUAAGAAGCAAGUUUAGGCCCAGAAUAUCCUCAUCUACAAUUUCCCACAUUUUUUUUUUUACUUUUCCUCACAGCAAAAAUGUUUGUUUCCUUUUCUCAAAACUUCAAAAAAUCUAAACCUCCCUGAAUCAAAUUUUUUACCUGAUCCCUAGAAAUUUGACUUGGAGAGGUUCAACUGUAUUUUGAAUUUUACUUCAGUAGUAAAUGAAUAAUGGCUUGGGUACAUUUUACAGGUUAGACUCUCAUUUUGUUUCCUAGUACCAUAUAAAAAAAUUAAUGCACAUUUGUGUGUGUGUGUGUUUGUUCAGAAGAUCAAAAAUUCAGUUCUGAAUUUUUUCUUUUGUUUCUAGAUCCAACUCUUGAGGAAAAAUUAAUAUCUAGAAUGUUCAAGUUGCAUAUUUGAAAUUUUUAAGCUCAUGAACCAACAUUUUUGAAAAAUUUUAUAAAAUACAUUUCCCUGAUUUGAAGCACUUUAUUUUGGGGGGGGGGUAAAUACAAAUUGUCUGAAA